AUGUACAUCUAUCCAUUCAUCAACCACUCCUGCACCAUCUUAUAUUCUGCCGGCAUACUUAUUCUCCAACCAUAAACCCUCUACCCUCACCAACACGUACGCACUCAACUCUCUCCCACUCCUUGUGCACGCUCUUCUCGCUCUUCUUCUCCUAGCUUGCUUCUGCUUCUACUCCGAUCUCAUCAUUCUGUUAAUCCAUAGUCCUUAUGAUGAAUCUAGCAUCCAUUGAGACGCCUCCUCUUGGAAGCCAAGAGAGAGUUAAUACUACCACCACCACCACAACCGCCGUCAAGGCAAAGGAAACAAUCUCCAGAAACACUUGCUUUCACGGUCAUCUGGACCUCAGCCUCGGCAUCUCGUUGUCUCGCGGCGGCAGCGGCUGCGAUGCUGCCGGUUGCGGCGGCAGCGAGGCGAGCUAUGGCGGUCGUCAGGGCAGCCGCGGCGACGAGGACGUAGAUUGCAGGAGCAGUGGCAGCAUCACCACUACCACCACUACGAAUGUGCUUACCGCAGGGCUAGGCCAUGUCGGUGAUUUUGCAGCAGGUGGUGGUUGGACGGCGGCGUUCAUGCCGAACCUGACUGGUUUCAUGCACCCAUGGAGCCUCGCCGCCCGGCAGCAGAAGGCGGCCGCCGAGCAGGACCGGGCAGCGCCGGCCACGUACGAGACAAGUGAUGCCCAUGUCGUCCCAUUGCCGGUGGCCGUAGGCUGGCCGCCGGUGCACACCUCGCGGCGCAACCUGGUAACCUCCAUGCUCGUAGCGAAACCUGGAACCGCUGUUGUGGUCGACGGAUCGAAAGGUAUGACGACGCCGAUGCCUUCUGGCGGCGAGAAGAAUGUGGUGGUGCCGACAGACAGCACACUCGUGGUGACACGGCCGCAGGCGAACAUGUUCGCCAAGGUUCACAUGGAGGGCUACGCGAUUGGCAGGAAGAUCAACCUGAGGGCCCAUAGCAGCUAUGACUCCCUCUCUCAGGUGCUCACCAAGAUGACAAGAAACUUCUUUUGUCCCGCAGAUUGCUCGGGUGCAAAUAUGGGAGAAGAAGAAUUUUCCAAUAGUGACAAGUUCAUAUUUCUUUAUGAAGACUUCGAGGGUGACCGAAUGCUGGUUGGCGAUGUUCCAUGGGAGUUAUUUCUAGCAUCGGCCAAAAAAUUAUACAUUACCCGAAACUCGACAUCAAGAAACAAAGGUAACUGAAAGGUCAUGGUGACGGUGACAAAAAUGGUGCAACUGAAGAAGCAAUGAAUAACUGAAGUCAUAUAUAAAGCAAGUGGGUCAAAAUGGCGUGACAUUUCAAGAUCUGACAUAUAUAGUUCUCAACUAGUAUUGAUCUUCUUGUACUAAUUAAGCUGGCUAGCUAGCUAUCAACAGUGACUUAAUUAUGUUGUACCAACGGUGCUUCCCAAUCAAUGUGCGUAUAGUUUUUAAGUGUUACAUACGAAAAAGUCUGCCAAUAGAAAA